UGAUGAUGAUGAUGUAACUACAGAUUCAUCAGCUCGUUCUUCAUGACGACUCCUGACUGAUUGAAAGAGAAUGAAUCUAUAUCUAAUGAAGCUUCAGGAGACAAACAGAUGUUUCCACCUCGGGCUGGAUCUCGGUCAGCGACAGGAACUUUUACUCGGUCCUUCCCCGUAAGUUGACAUGAGGCGUUCAGGGACUAAAGUCCACGCUGGACUCAGUUAAUAAAUCAAACCAUUCCUGGUCCAUUAUAAACACGUCUACAGGACCAGAACCUGGACUGGACAUCAGAACCACAGCUGGUGUUUCUGAACAAUAUUGAAUGAUUUUUUCUUUAAUUUUUAGCCUGGAGCUAGCCUUGUGUUUACAUGGACUAACCUGCAUAGCUGGUGGGAGUGGCCUGUCAGCUCUCCUCUCUGAUCUGAUUGGCUUAGGAAAUUUUUUUUAAUAAACCUGGAUACACCACGUGUCUUUAAUACAGAGAGCAUUACAUGACGUGAUGAUGAAGGUGAUGAUGAAGGUGUGGGGUGAUGAUGAUGACGAUGAUGAAGGUGUGGGGUGAUGAUGAUGAAGAUGAUGAUUAAGGUGUUGGGUGAUGAUGAUGAAGGUGUGGGGUGACGAUAAUGAAGAUGACGAUGAAGGUGAUGAUGAAGAUGAGGGGACAGGAGGAUCUGACUGAUAGAAUAAAUAAUGAAAAUGUGGGAACUGAUUAAUUCAUUUCAGCUGUGUUAAUGUCAGGUGUGACGUCAGUGCAGGUUUGGAGAGAGGAGCCUGAAUCUAUGAAAUGAUUUAUUUAUGUAGAUAAACAAUGAACAUUUUAAUAUGUUAAGAUCAAGGUGAGAAUAUGGAGCAGGCAGAAGUCCUCCUGUGGAGCCUGGAGAGAGUCAUCCAACAAGAGAAGAAGAAGAAGAGAGAAAAAGAGGGGGAAGAAAAUGAGAAGAAAAGAAAGCGAGCGAAGAAUAAGAUGAAAAGAAGAAGGAAACAGGCAAAAGCGAAUAAGAAAAAAAGGAAAAAAAGAAGAUCGAGCGUCUCGAUGAGCAGACAGAACUAACCGCACACCGAACACAUCGAGCGGCCGCUGCUGCAAAUAAACCGGGGAAACCGUGAAGAGCCGCCGGCUAACGGAAGAGCUGAUCCCGGCAGCUUACCGACAGGAUGGUCGGUCUACAGUUGAAGAAGUGACGUGACCAGUGACACGUUCUUUCUUUAAAGACCAGGGCGUCAUGGUGCUGCAGCUUCCCCUGGUGGUGACAGCUCAGGUGGACCUGGUCCUGCUGCUCGUCUCCCUGCUGGCCCUCUGGACCAGACUGAGCCACCUCAGUUACCCCAACGCUGUGGUGUUUGAUGAAGUGUAUUAUGGUCAGUUUGUGUCUCUCUACAUGAAGAGAGUUUUCUUCAUUGAUGACAGUGGGCCACCGCUCGGUCACAUGAUCCUGGCCCUCGGAGCCUACUUGGGAGGAUUCGAUGGAAACUUUGUGUGGAACAGAAUCGGAGCAGAGUAUCCCAGCAGUGUGAGUGUGUGGAGUCUGCGGUUGCUGCCGGCGGUGUGUGGAGCUCUCUGUGUUCCUCUGGUUUACCUGUUGACUCUGGAGCUGAGGUUCUCUCACCUGUCGGCUCUGGGAGCUGCAGUGCUGCUGCUGCUGGAGAACUCUCUGAUCGUCCAAUCACGGUUCAUGUUACUGGAGUCUGUCCUCAUCUUCUUCGUGCUGUUGGCCUUCUUCUCCUACCUGCGUUUCCACAACGCUCCUAACAGCUCCUGGUCCAGGUACAGCUGGCUGCUGGUCUGCGGAGCAUCCUGUGCUGCAGCCGUCGGGAUCAAGUACAUGGGUGUGUUCUCCUACCUGCUGCUGCUGGGCGUGGCCUCUCUGCACACCUGGAACCUGAUUGGAGACCGAACUGUCAGUCAUCUCAGUGUGUGUGUACAGUGUGUGUGUAGGUUUGUGUGUCUGCUGGUGGUUCCUGUCCUCCUCUAUGUGUUCUGGUUCUACGUUCACCUGAGUGUCCUGAACCGCAGCGGACCACAUGACCAACUGAUGAGCUCCGCCUUCCAAGCCAGUCUGCAGGGUGGUCUCUCCAGAAUCACUCAGGGUCAGCCUCUGGAAGUCGCCUAUGGCAGUCAGGUGACUUUAAGAAGCUCCGCCUCCCAGCCAAUCCCCUGCUGGCUCCACUCACACAAAGCCAACUACCCAAUCAGGUAUGAAAAUGGGCGGGGCAGCUCCCACCAGCAGCAGGUCACUUGUUAUCCCUUCAAAGAUGUCAACAACUGGUGGAUCAUCAAAGACCCAGGCAGACAGAGGCUGGUGGUCGGCAGUCCUCCUCGACCUGUCCGUCAUGGUGACGUCAUCCAGCUGGUUCAUGGGAUGACCUCGCGCUUUCUUAACAGUCACGACGUUGCAGCUCCCAUGAGUCCUCACGCACAGGAAGUCUCAGGUUACAUCGACUUCAACGUUUCCAUGGCGGCUCAGAACCUGUGGAGAGUGGAUAUCUCUAACAGGGAGGCGGAGUCAGAGGUGUGGAAGACAAUCCUAUCUGAGGUUCGAUUGGUCCACGUCAACACCUCGGCUGUCCUCAAGCUGAGUGGUGUGUCUCUUCCAGACUGGGGUUUCCGUCAGUUGGAGGUCGUAGCAGAGAAACUGUUUAAAGGUCACAGCAGCAGUUUGGGCUGGACAGUGGAGGAACACCGAUAUGGAACCAGUCAGGAGCAGAAGGAGAGGGAGGCGGAGCUUCAUUCUCCAACUCACAUCGAUGUCGACAGAAAAUUUUCUUUCUGGGCAAAAUUUUUAGAGCUACAGUGGAAGAUGCUGACGGUGAAACAGGAAGACUCUGAACACAAAUACAGCUCCUCCCCCUUAGAGUGGAUCACCAUGGAAACCAACAUCGCAUACUGGCUGCACUCGUCCACCAACGCUCAGAUCCAUCUGAUUGGUAACCCGGUGUCUUGGGGCGUGGCCAACCUCAGCCUGCUGGCCUAUCAGCUGCUGGCAGCUGUCUACCUGGUGAGGAGGAGGCGGGGCUUCAAAGACCUACCUGAUGGUGCGUGGGGGCAGUUUGUGUGUCUGGGGGGGGUGUGUGUUGGGGGCUGGCUCGUGAACUUCGUUCCCUUCCUGCUGAUGGAGAAAACUCUCUUCCUGUAUCACUACCUGCCCGCCCUCUGCUACCUGUACCUGCUGAGCCCCGCCCUGCUGGAGCACACACACACACACCUGCUCAGCAGUGUGACACACCAGCGAGCGCUGUGUUUGUGUGCGUCGGCCGUGCUGUUGUCGGUCUUCCUGUCGUAUCGAACCUUCUGCCCUCUGACCUACGGCAGCCCCGAGCUCUCGGCCAAUCAGCUGCAAGGACUCAGGUGGAGAGACACCUGGGACAUCCUGUACCGCCGCCGCUAGAGACAGGGAGACAGACUGGUGACAGACAAGUGUCUCUCCUUGGAGCGGGUGUGUUUAAUUUCCAUAUCAUGAUGAGGCAAACUGAGGUCCUCGGACCGCAGCAUGAAGCCCCUCCCCCUGGUGAUUGACAGGUGACAUGCAGAUUUAAUGUUUCAAUGUAAAAGUACAAAAUAAAAACUCAGCAGUGAAACAUGCUGCUUUUAUUUUGUUAAGUUGUGUACCCAGACAGGUGGGGUCAGUGCUGGUCGCUGACACAGUCCGGCCGCUACACCCUCCCACUCAGAGAGCAGGUGUAGGGGCGUGGUGUGGCGUAGUGGUCUGAGCAGGCGCCCCAUGUGUAGAGGCCCCAGUCCUCGCUGCAGUCGGCCCCGGCUCGAGUCCCGCAUCAGACGGCCUUCACUGCAGGUCAUGCCCCCCCUCUCUGUUUCCUGUUCCUGUACAAUAAAGGCAUAAACAGCCCAAAAAAAUAUACUUUAAAGGUGGUGUAACUCUGUGGAGGGGGAGGGUCUAAACACACAGGCGUUAUGAUGAUUGUAUUGAUAUCUUAUUGAUGUAACAGAACAGAGGUGCAGGCGAGUGGGCGGAGUCAUCACACAUCACAUUCAUGCCAGUUUGUGAAAAUGAUUAAUUAAUAAAAACUCUGCUGCAUUUCUUCA